AUGUUUGAAAGAGACUUGCUAGCGAUUAAUAAGGCCGGAUUAACCGACCAGCAAGCAGGGCGCAAUAAUUCUUCCGCCUGGCCCAUAUUUUCCAACCCGGAAAUAAAGUGUUGUGAAGAGGCGAGUCCUGGUCAGAAGCGAGACUGCCUAGGCUGGCGGCGGCGGUUGUUGAUAAUCGAGCAAAGAAAAAAUUUCGCCGCGAGGCAUAAGUUCACAAUUGGCGCCCAACGUUGGGCCUCUUCUUCAAAAGUUUUAGGUGCAGGUGACAGGCACGAUAGGAGCCGUAACGAAACUUUUCCAAAUUUUUUAGGUGACAGGGCUGGUUCUACCGAAAAUAUUUUAAAUUUUAAGUAUCAAAACAAGUUUUACCAGUUUAUAAGCCUACGCCAGCACAAAGCCUCUCUGUUAUUCGUAAACGUAAUAUUGUUUCAAAUUCCAGGAAUAGGUGCAGAAUGGUUUAAGAGGAUGAAAAAGUUGGUCCGACAUCAUGAGCUGUUAAAACCAGACAAGUUUGAUGGCCAUGAGUGUCUCAAAACUUUUUUUAAGAAGUUCGAGAUAUGUGCUAUGUAUAACCAAUGGAGUAUGGACGACAUGAAGGAGUAUCUGUCAUGUUCGUUGACAGGUGAAGCUGCUGAAGUUUUUUCGGACUUAGCGGGACCAGGUGAAUCGCUUCGUGAAUUAUCAAAAACGGUAAAAAAGUUAAUGUCGUUAGCUUACCCGGGCGAACAGUCAAAGUUGGCGGUACAUUUAACAAGAGAUUUUUUUCUAUUUGCUCUUAAUAACGCUGAUUUAGAAUUAAAAGUUAGGAACAUGCAGGAUACAACAGAAAACAGGUUGAAGGCAGUGGAGCGGCAAAUAAACGCGCUUCGUCGAUCAGUUGACGUCAUUCAAGACUAUAUGGUACAGUCAGCUGUCCCUCGGAUCAGGGGUAAAAAGCACCUGUGCUGUAGCAUUCAACAAUCGUCAAGUGUUCGUUAUUCCGUUAGUUCUAGAUUUCUGAUUUAG